GUGCGUGCCGGUCGUCGGGGCAGCGGUGGGCGGUGCGCUCCGGUCGUCUCGCUGGUUGUUGCUGCUCACAACAACACUCUCCGCUCGUCGAGCAGCUGUUCUUCCAGAUGUUUCUGCCUACGCUCGUGGAGGACAUGCAUCACUUCAAGCCCAGCCGGGACAGACUCUACACGACCCGCUGCUGCGGGUGCUGCCAUGUCCGGACGGGGACCAUCAUCCUGGGGACCUGGUACAUGGUGGUCAAUCUGUUGAUGGGCAUCCUGCUGACUGUGGCCGUGACCCACCCAGAGAACGUACCCACUAUUGACUUGCAGUAUGAGGUCAUUGACCAUUACUUUGCCUCUGACAGGAUGUCUGAAAAUGCCUGCGUUGGUUUUGCCAUCUCUCUCCUGAUGCUCACCAUCAGUGCCAUGAUGGUGUAUGGAGCCAUUACUCACCGUGACGGGUGGCUCAUCCCGUUCUUCUGCUAUCAGUUGUUUGACUUUGCUCUGAGCUGCCUGGUGGCCAUCAGUUCUCUCACCUACCUACCCAGGAUCAGGGACUACUUGGACCAGCUGCCGGAUUUCCCGUACAAGGAUAAUCUCCUGUCUCUGAACUCCAGCUGCCUGCUGCUCUUCGUGUUGGUCUUCUUUGCCUUCCUCAUCAUCCUCAAGGCUUACUUGAUCAAUUGUGUGUGGAACUGUUACAAGUACAUCAACAACAGGAACAUACCAGAGAUUGCUGUGUACCCCGCCUUUGAGACCCCUCCUCAGUACAUCCUGCCCACUUAUGAGAUGGCCAUGAAGAUGCCAGAGAAGGACCCUCCUCCCCCUUACAUGCCAGCCUAAGCACCAGCCCCGCUACCAAAGCAACAGACAUGCACACACCCGUCAUAUGCAUUCCUGUACUACUUCACUGACCCUUUCUGAGCACCAUUAUGUCCUUAUCCCCCAUCUGACCCAACAUGUCUGUGUCAGGCCUCUGAUUAUUUUUUUCUUUUUCCCUCCAACCUCUCCGUUGUACUAAUUUAGUGUGUAUAGAACAUCCUGCAAAUGCGAGAGAAAAACGAUGGGAAACUUCAGUCUGUGUGCAAAUGAAUGAAUGAAUGGAUGAAUGUGGUGUUUAAAAAGUGACAGAAGGAACCCCGAACCCUCUUAGACUUUUUUAUGUCUUAGUAAACGGGAUAUGUGAAAAUAAAAUUGCUUGAACUGCUUUCAUAAAUCCAGCAUCCUAUCAAUAGAUGAAUAUAUGAAGUAUUAAUAAAAAAAGGCUAUGACAAUCCAUUUGUUAGAGCUCUUAUUGUUUGUGUUAGGAUUUUUCCCUAAUCGUUGAGACCAGGACUAUUCCACCUCAGUCUUGAACCUCAGUCUGUAGCACUUUCUUGCCUGUUAUUUAUUUAGCUUUGCUGUGGUUUGGUUCGCCAGCAGCGCUCUGCUGCCCUGACUUUUGAGCAAAGCUAGUGAGUCAUUUUCCAGCUGGAACGGAGGGAGAGCAGAGGGCACUGAUGUGGGAUCAUUCUCUCUGCCCUUUUUUUCCUCUCCUGACAUCGGCAGCAAACGGCUGGUCUAGUGAACAUUAGUUGUUGCAUGCUUAUCAAUCCCGCUCCUCCCAUUUCUUUAUUGGUAAUAUAAUUUUAUCCAAGUGGAAAUAUAUUUGACUUCAAUAAACAUCUCAGAACAA